AUGACCGCUACAGGAGUUUUCGUCGACGUCGUGGGCCUGUCCUAUUGUAGUGGGAAUACCAAAGGCACUACAUCAAAUGACUUCGUUUACAAAUAUAACCCAGGGGCCAAAGUGACUUUCUCUAUUGGUGAGCUUGUCCUGGGUCACUGUGAAGGCAGACCCACGACGACCAUAUCGAAUUUAAUGCCGAAUAACAUCUCAAUUUAUGAUCCACGGUCCGUGAAUCGGGCACGGCUGCUGUUCAGCCUGUCCGUUGGCCAGGGCUUCGAAACGCCAAUCCACAUUGACCGCCACGUUGAAGCUGUGAUAAAUCAGCACAAGGACGAAAUCAACCUGGACUCUGAAAACUUAAGUGACCUAGACCGGCCUCUCCAAAAAAUCUGCGAUAUACUCGGCCUUCGUCCUAAGUCUGUUCACCACACCCGAAAUCAUCUUCGCCGGGAGACAGCAGGUUUCAAGGUCCUGAGAGACUUCCAAAUAGCAUCCCCAGAUGGUGGAUAUGUUUUGGCCGACGUCUAUCUUCCCCUGCAGCCCAAGGGACGAUUCCCGGUUCUUUUGAGCUGUACUCUAUAUGGACGGCGAAUCCCUUGGGGAGGUCCAGACUUGAAUGACGACCGGGAUAUACUGGCUUUUGAGCUUGCAGAGGACGAGUGGCAUUCUACAGAGGCUGGCACAGAACUCCACCUACCGGACAGGGGGCCGUGGUCAGAAUAUUUCAGGACGCAGCGAGGGUUUGAGAAUAUCGCGACCUUCAACACCUUCUCCUAUGUCCCCAAGGGGUACGCUAUGGUGAAGAUGGACCCCAAGGGUGUGUCAGAGACGCCUGGUAGACGAUGGGAGCCUGGUCAACUUGCCGGUGACUUCUAUGCUGUUUGCGAAUGGUGUGCGAGUCAACCAUGGAGCAAUGGAAACGUCGCCCUCGUUGGCAGCUCUUAUGGAGCCAACACACAGUGGGCCGUGGCAGGCCUUAAGCCAAAAGGGUUGAAAUGUUUCGUUCCUUAUGCUACCGAUGUUGACUCCUAUCGAGAUGCUGCCUACAUUGGGGGUGUCCCUUCAACACUCUACCUUGAGAACUGGUUUGCUCGUGUCCGAGGGGUGUCUCCUAAAUGGCAGGAUCACCUGGACGUGGAAAACAUCAUGAACAAUAAUCCUACAUUUAAUACAAUUUGGGCAAUGUUGGAGUCCAAACCAGAAGCUUCGGUAGAAAUUCCUUGCUUCCUUGCUGCAUCCCAAAUAUUCAUGAUCCAUGGGCGCGGCGCCUACGAAGCUUGGAUGGCGCGUCGCCCUGAUAAUACCCAUCUGCAGCUGGUCGAUUCGGACUACUACUCGUGGCCGAAUCGGGAAGCGGCUGGGAAGAUCUUGGAGUUUCUAAACCACCACCUAAAAACUGAAGACUGCUUUGCUCCUGAGCCAGUAGGAAUCCAGAUGCGCCUCGGAAAUCAAAAGUGGUACUGGCGCAAGGAACCGGAUUGGCCGGUCCCGGGUACAGAGUAUAUCAAGUGGUUUCUUCAUCCUGACCAAACUUUGACAACCACGCCGCCAGCUCUGGGAACGACGGAAAAGCGCUUUACAUACUCCGCUCACAAGCCCUCUGCAGGAAAUUCAGGGGUCAGUUUCUAUUCGCUGCCUUUCGAAGAAGAUGUCGAGAUGGCAGGUCAUUUUGCGGCAACGCUGUGCAUUUCGUCAACGGCUCCGGAUGCAGACGUCGUCGUCCUUGCCUGGGCUAUAGAUGAACAUGGCCGUGCUGUUGCUUACGGGGCAAACAGUAGUGAGCCGGAGCCACUGGCAAAAGGCUUUCUGCGCGUCAGCCAUCGGAAGACCGACCCAGAACGAUCUCUUCCGUGGAGACCAUGGCACACUCACCUACAGGACCACCUGUUGCCGCUCCAGGGACCGAAUGACGUGGUGGAAAUCACAGUGGAAAUAAUGCCUGCUGCUGCUCGUAUCCGGAAGGGCUGGUCUCUACGCGUGGAUAUAUGCCCAUCCGAAUAUCAGCCAAAUCUCCCGGGAUACAAAGCCCCGUCAAUGAGACUCUGGUACGGUGAGACUCAUGAUCAGGAUGCUCUUGAUACUGUCCAUGUCGGUGGCAGUCAGAGCUCAUCCACUUCCAAUGACUCCCGCACUGCUCCUAUAUUACAUCCAUCCCCCGGUGUAUUCACUCCCUCGAGCUUUCUAGAUUCGGCUACGCAAGCAACUCGAAUAGAUGCUCAGGGCACCGCAGACUUCCUAGAUCUCCAUUUCUCGCUGUUCCAUUCAAAGCGCCGGAGUGAACUGGCCCAAUUCUUCAUUUCUACUGUUAACGUAUGCUUUCCUCUGUUUCAACACGAUACAUUUUCGAAAUCGCUGGAAAUUGAGCAUAUUCAUCACUUGCCAUCCGUCGUCUAUGGCAUCUCCGCUGGACUGAUCGGGAGCCUUAGUAUGCGGGCGGAAGCCAAUAUUGAUAACGAGUUAGGGCAGUGGGUUCACACUAAGCAAAUAAAAGCCGACAGUAUCAUCGAUCCGAAGGCGCUCUAUGAAUGGCAAGCUGCUUGUCUGCUGGCAUGGUAUGGAUUUCAUCAGCGGUUUGGCACCGAAGACGAAAUGCACAUGGUGGUCACUACUUUGGCCCGCAAAGCGUAUUACUUUGGCCUGCAUCAAAUUGAUAGCCCAGGAAACCGGAGCUGCUACGGCUGGGACCUCCUAGAUGAGUCCAGGCUGGAAGAUUGGCGUCGUGUGUGGUGGUGCGUCUACAUUCUGGAUUCAUAUUCUAGCUUCUCAACAGCAACACCGACGCAAGUGGAGGCCGAGAGUAUCCAGACAGCACUCCCCCUUGACCCGACAGAUACAGACAGCAAACGCUCUCAAUCGACGAAGAUUUUCCUGCCCUCUAAGCUAGAGGAUCUGCCCGCCGUUACUCAAAAUAUUGGGAAAGGCCUCGUAGAUAAGGGCUUUGGUCUGCAUAUGGCUGUGAACACACUACUGAAAGCAGCCAUAAAAAUCCAUCGGCUCAGCAAGCAGAGCUCCGGCGCUUAUAUCUCUGAGCGCAUAUCUGCAUUAGAAGAUCACCUGUCUGCCCUGCAAUUAUCACUGCCGCCUUACUACAUGCGACCAAUAUCGGACAUAAUCGGUGGCGAACAACUUCCUGGUUUCAACUCACGCCUUCAGACCCAACUCAAAGUUCAUAGCAUUCGACUUAUCCUUGGCUUUUCUGACAUCCGAAUGGAUAUGAGCCACUGGCAUUCCAGGUGGCAGGAGAGCUUGGAAAUUUGCUAUCGCAUGUUCGAGGUGAUCCAGCACUGGGACUCACAGUCCAUCCUUACCGUCGACCCUGCCAUCUGUUUCAUCGUCGCGUCAUUGUUCGUGAUGCUGCAUCUUCAUAGCCUUUCAAGCGCGAACUCAAAUGGGGUAUUACUUGCCCAGCUUACACGGCGGAAAGAGGUAGUCCGCCUAUUUCUGCAGAACUACGCCUCGUACUGGAAACUACCCAGAUUCCUGCUUGACUGCUGCACUACGUUUACGCACAAAGUCUCAGGCUCCCUGAGUGCUGAAGAUAUCGUUCGAAUUUCGGACCACCUUCAGGGACCGUUGCAUCAAAAAUGGCUGAGUUUCCUGUCUCCCAGUCCGGAAACCCUCGAUACUUUGGAUUUCGAUAAUUUGAUGCAUUUUGGCUUGGAUGCGUCCAUACAAGAUAUCUUUUCGUUCCACGGAAGCGAAUCGAUACCAAACUUGGCUGACAACUCUUAA